UGUGUCGCCUGACGGUGUUAUCAUGCAUGCCUAGGGAGUCCCUUUUUUGUUUACAAUUUCCUUUUUUACGCAAUUGCACAAAGUGUCGGUGUGUAGUGUGUGUCCACUGCACACAAUUGGCGCAUCAUCUGCAUUGGCCGCUAAAGAGGGAAGUUACAUUGAAAUUUCGGAGCUAUUAUUGGGGUGUACGGACGGCGACGACAAUCGUCUUUAAACACGCAUAAAAGAAGAACUUGACUCGCUCUUGACGCUUAAAUGGUAGCCGAUUGACAGCUUGCAAUGAAUUUUUCACCGUUCGGGGGCCACUUUCCCGGUACCAUACCGAGCAUCCACCAGUUCACGGCCGAGGGCUCGGGAGGCGCCAGCGCGCGUUACGCCAAUCACUUCCCGAACCAGCCUCCCAUCGGCAUUCCCGUGGUCGGCAAGUACCGGCCCGAGGCCAACAGCGCCCAGAGCCAGUCGCAAAUCAUGAUGAACAACAAAGCCCCCUACUCCAACAGCAACGUUCACCAUUACUCCAACGUGCCCUACUCACAGGCGCAAACGGUCCAGCAGGGACCCUCCAACUCGCCCGGCAUGUCGGAGAAGCGCUCUUAUCACCAGGGCGCGGACGCGAUAAACCAACAGCAGCAGGACGUGUGCAACCUCCUGCAGGACGGCGGCAAGGAUAAAAAUAGUAAGGACAAGCAUAAGCAGGCUGCCGAAGAGCAGCAGCAGCAGCAGCAGCAGCAACAACAACAACAACAGCAGAGAAACAACGGUGAAGUGACGACGAACGGCAACAGCCAGCAGGAUUACAUGCAUCAGCAUCACCAGCAGCACGCGCACACCCAGACCCCGGCCUCGAUGCCGGCCGCGUGGCAGUCCCUCGCCACGCCCGGCUCGACGGUCGCCGACUAUCUCAGUCACUUGCCUGCCAGUACACUGCCUCUGAGUCUUCAUAAUUUCCUCAAGUACUCGGCUGAAAGUAUAAAAAAGGAAUCGGAGAUGGCUCAGCAGCAGCAACAACAGCAACAACAGCAACAAACGACGUCCGUUGCCGCCGCUACUACGACCACUCCCAACAUCAUGCUGUCGCCUAACGGCAAGAAGAAAAAGAAGAAGAAGGCCCCCAAAGAGAAGAAACCGCGACCCAAGCCAGGUGAAAUUAGACUGACUACGGCGUUAGAUGGCUCGACCCUUUAUUGCUGCCCCGAGUGCCACAUGGCGUAUCCAGAGCGCGAAAUGCUCGAGCAGCAUCUACUCGGCCAUACGCUGGAAAGGCGCUUCGUCUGCGAUAUUUGCGGUGCCGGACUCAAACGCAAGGACCACCUCAGUCGUCAUCGCGCAAGCCAUAGUGCAGAGCGACCAUACGUCUGUACCAUCUGUCUAAAGGCAUUUAAAAGAAAAGAACAGUUAUCACUCCACGCCAUUAUACAUUCGGGUGAGAAACGUCACGUGUGCACCGAGUGUGGCAAAGGCUUCUAUCGAAAGGAUCAUUUAAGAAAGCACACCAGGAGCCACAUUGCAAGGCGAGUCAAGGCCGAGCUCAGUCAGAAUACCGGAAAUAACCAGAAUCAACAGCAAAACAGUGUAACGAGCAGCUUACAGUCUGGUAAUAGCGGCAACACGAGCUCCGUCCUGCAAUCAGGCCACCCGAGCGGUCUCCUGUCCUGAGCCCAGCCUUCUGGGAACUUUCAGGUUCCCCAUCCAGCCAAUCUGCUACACUCGACGGCCAACGGUAGCGCCAACUCCUCAACUCCCAGCAACAGUAGCACCAACUCGAUUCACCACACAUUGGCAGCGGCCGCAGCACAUCAGCAUCACGCUCAGCAGCUAGCUGCAGCAGUUGCUGCCGCAAGCUCGAACGCUAGCGGCUAUCAAGCGGCCGCAGUAGUGGCCCACGAGCUCGGCACUUUUCUCGGAGCCCACGUCAAGGACUUCUGAGAACGGCUGCCAGCCGCCUCCAAGAGGUAAUGGGCCCGGCACGACAACUCGUAAACCAUUCAAAGACAACGCACAGAGCUGUCGUUAGUUCCAAACUGUGCCUGUGCUACUUGGGGGAAAGGCGUGAGUAUUCUUACAUGAUUAAAAAGGCGUUCAACUUUUAUAAGACUUAUUGCACUUUGUUAGACCUUACCAUGACAUUUCGAUUUCUCGUCUCGAUCGUUGGGUUUUUUCUUUGGGUACUUUGCGGAAUAUAUGAUAAACUCAGUCAAACGUAUAUAUUAUACUGCGAACGCAAGGUAUAGUAGAUAAAAGGAUCGCGAGUUUUUCACUAGUAUUUACAUACGUCCGAUGCCUUAAGUCAUAGUUAUUUACUCAACUAAAUUGAUUUCAUUUCCAAUGAAGAAAACUGAUAUCUAACAGAAAACUACAACUGUAGAGUGAACCUGCUGAAGCAUAUAUAUGUAACAAAAAAAAAAAAAACAAAAAAAAGAUAUUAAAAAUCUCCCUUGGUACUUGGGGAUGAAAACCCAGCGUGAGGAAAUGUUAUUGAGUACUUUGAAGAAGAAUAAAAGAUACAUAGUUAAAAAAAAAUUAAAAAAGUAUUUUUAUGAUAGCUCGUCGAAAAACCGAAAAUUUAAUUUGUACAGAAGAGAAUAAAUAGACAGAAAAGUGA